GCCGGUGAGGAGGAGUAGAGUUCGGGUUGGCGGGGUGCAGUCCCAGAUUCAGGAGCUCAAGGCUGGGGGUACGUUCAGGUUCCCGAGGCGCGGCCGGAGCUCACCCCAAGGCCGGGGAGGGGAGGGGAGCUAGACGCCGCCCCCGCUGGCGCCGGGAAGAGUCGCUCCUUCGUGCUGACCUUGGUCUCGCUUGUCGCCUCGCCCUUGGCCAUAGGCACUGACGGAUGCAGGGCCCGGGUGACGGAUAGAUAGGCUCCUGGACGGACGGAGACCUAGGACAGAGCACACUAACCACCCCAGCUUUUCCCGCUGGCUGCAGGGCUCUUCGUCAUCCCCCACCUCAAAGCCGGGGCCAUCCAGCCCAGGGUUAAUGCCAACGAGUUUCCACCUCCAGCCGCUCCUAGAGAGGCCGUGGCGCGAGCCAGCGGGGGAAACUGGCCUCGGACGGACACUUCCUGUGCGGGGGGGGGGAGGGGGUCGGACAGCCGCAGCCCAGCCGGGGCUGGGGGGCCAGACGGCGGGGUCGCGGGCGGGGAGCGGCAUUCGGGGGCGGCAGGGCGAGUCGUGAAGACCCUCACCACUGAGGCCACGACGCACGGGGGCCUUGGAGGGCCCCAGGGCAAGGCGAGACCUUGGGGGUGGGGGCGGGGCCGCGGGUAGGGGAGGGGCCCGGCCGGCCAGAGAGGCCCAGGGUCAAGACGUCCGGCCUCAGGGGCCCGGGCUGGGCAGCCGGGUCCCCUGGGCGGCGCUGAGCAGGCGAGCGGCGAGGGCCCGGGUCUCAGGGGACUCAGGCCUGAUCGCAGGAUCGUCCGCCAUCGCCGCCGCCGCCGCACUGGGAGCCGGCGGGGAUGGAACGGGAAGCGUCGCCGUGGGGCCUGGAGCCCGGGGAUGUGCAAAGCCCCGACGAACUGGGGAGCCCCGAAGGGUCUCUCAAAGGCAACAUGAGUGAGAAUGAGGAAGAAGAAAUGUCUCAACAAGAAGGCAGUGGGGACUAUGAGGUCGAAGAGAUACCCUUUGGGCUUGAACCCCAGAGCCCUGGGUUUGAGCCACAAAGCCCUGAGUUUGAACACCAGAGCCCCAGGUUUGAGCCUGAAAGCCCAGGAUUUGAGUCCCGAAGCCCUGGGUUUGUGCCCCCAAGCCCUGAAUUUGCACCCAGAAGUCCCGAAUCAGGUUCUCAGAGCCCUGAGUUUGAAACCCAAAGUCCUAGGUAUGAGCCCCAAAGCCCUGGGUAUGACCCCAAAAGCCCUGGAUAUGAACCCCGGAGCCCUGGGUAUGAACCCAAGAGCCCUGGGUAUGAACCCCAGAGCCCCGCAUAUGAAUCCCAGAGCCCGGGAUUUGAACCCCAGAAUCCCGAGUUCAAAACCCAAAGCCCUGAAUUUGAAGCUCAAAGUUCCAAAUUCCAGGAAGGUGCUGAGGUGCUUCUGAAUCCCGAGGAAAAGAACCCCUUGAGCAUCCCCUUGGGAGGCCACCCCUUGGACUCCUUCACCCAGGGGUUUGGGGAGCAGCCCACAGGGGGUCUACCCCUAGGGCCACCUUUUGAGAUGCCCACAGGGACCCUGCUGGCCACACCACAGUUCGAGAUGCUCCAGAAUCCCCUGGGCCUGACAGGGUCCCUUCGGGGCCCAGGCCGGCGGGGUGGCCGGGCCAGGGGUGGGCAGGGCCCUCGGCCCAAUAUCUGUGGCAUCUGCGGGAAGAGCUUCGGGCGGGGCUCCACCCUGAUCCAACACCAGCGCAUCCAUACGGGUGAGAAGCCCUAUAAAUGUGAGGUCUGUAGCAAGGCCUUCUCCCAGAGCUCUGACCUCAUCAAACACCAGCGCACCCACACGGGCGAGCGGCCCUACAAGUGUCCCCGUUGUGGCAAGGCCUUCGCCGACAGCUCUUACCUGCUUCGCCACCAGCGCACCCACUCUGGUCAGAAGCCCUACAAGUGCCCGCACUGUGGCAAGGCCUUCGGCGACAGCUCCUACCUCCUGCGGCACCAGCGCACCCAUAGCCACGAGCGGCCCUACAGCUGCCCCGAGUGCGGCAAGUGCUACAGCCAGAACUCUUCCCUGCGUAGUCACCAGAGGGUGCACACGGGGCAAAGGCCCUUCAGCUGUGGCAUCUGCGGCAAGAGCUUCUCCCAACGCUCGGCUCUCAUCCCCCACGCCCGCAGCCACGCCCGAGAGAAGCCCUUCAAGUGCCCGGAGUGCGGCAAGCGCUUUGGCCAGAGCUCGGUGCUGGCCAUCCAUGCCCGCACCCACCUGCCAGGCCGCACCUACAGCUGCCCCGACUGCGGCAAGACCUUCAACCGCUCCUCCACGCUGAUUCAGCACCAGCGUUCCCACACGGGCGAGCGGCCCUACAGGUGCGCCGUGUGCGGCAAGGGCUUUUGCCGCUCCUCCACGCUGCUCCAGCAUCACCGGGUCCACAGCGGGGAGCGGCCCUACAAGUGCGAUGACUGUGGAAAGGCCUUCUCGCAGAGCUCCGACCUCAUCCGCCACCAGCGGACCCACGCAGCUGGCCGCCGCUGACCUGGGGCCCUGCCUGGGGUGGGGUGGGGAGGUGGUGGGCGGAGGAGAAGGGGCCGGGGAGCUAGAGAAAUUGUUAGAGGGAAUAGUGGAAAUGCUGGGGGAGGAUGGAGGAGCUGAGAGCCGGGGUGGAGGAAGGUACAUGCCCUGGAGACUUCUGGCAAAUGGGCUCUGAAGAGGGGUUGGAGAGAGGCCAAGCAGGCAGUGGGAGGUUCUGGGAGAGAUCCAGAAAAGAGGUCAGCAGAGAUCUGGCCUUCAGCAGCAGCAUGGCCCUUGGUGGGUGCCUGGCUUGGCAAAGUGCUAGGCGGGGGUGGGAGGGGAGGGGGGAGGGUUACUUAAUUAGAGUGGGGUAGCUUAGAUUGGUAGCUACUGAGACCCUCAUUGAGUCAGGAAGGGGUGAGGGUAGGUGGGGUGGGGAGUGGGGCCCUGGGUGGGGGCUCCUGCCUCAGUGCAAAGCCCAGCCUCCCUUGUCUUCCUCAGGCUUUGGAGCCCCUGAAUUUGAGUUCAAUAAAAACCUUUAUGUGAUAAAA